CUACCUACGCUCCAUUCGGACUUUGGGCUUUUGUGCAUCCGUCGAGAGAAUUUAGUCGUAUUUCGACUCCGGGGCCCCGAAAUCUAAAAUUUCUCGACUGAUAUCGCGCUCUGACGGUUAAACAAAGCAAUAGCACACCUGUAUAACAAGUAAGGACAGGUGAGUGGGGAUAUUUACCUGGAUGACGUCAAGUCACAUGACCUGAGCUUUUUACCGUGAAAAACUUACUAUAGCCGCGCCUGUAAAAGACCAAAUCCGUUAAAAACGAAUUCUAAUGUAAACAUCGAACAUUGUGUGAGAGUAAAAACUUUUUAAAUUUUGGUGGCAAUUUUUUUUUGUGGAAAGUGGUGCAUUUUCCUUACGGAGGAAAUUAGUGGACGAGCCUAGUAAAAAAAAUGCGUUGGAGCAGUGUGAUAUUGCGAAAGGACGGAAGAAAGUAAGAAACGUAACGCUCUCAUGGCUGAAACAGAAAAUAAGAGAGUCGCCACGAGGGAUUUAAAACGCUUAUCUGCAUAAUCUCUUUUCUUUGUCAUUUAAAUCAUUCCGAACGGUGUAAUUUUAAUUUUAAAUAACAUGCACAGGUGACAAAAUUCCGUUAACUUUUUUGUUCCGUCCGAACAAGAUUUUUAAAUUUAAACGUUUUCUUAAAAUGCGGAAAAUGUUACCGCGGGGAAGAACCUCACGGUUUGUUUUAACUUGUACGUUUCUCAUGUGCCUUAUGCCUUCAAAUUUUGUGAGGACUCAGGAGAGCGUUACAGAAGUUUUUCCGAGUCCACCGAAUACCGAAGUUCAUGAACAUCCCGGAGGAAUAGUGACUGAUAAUAAAUUAGUGUUUAGCAGGACAAAUAGUCCUUAUUGGCUUAGAAACGAUCUCAUCGUCGAAAGGAAUGCAGAAGUAGUGAUAGAACCUGGAGUCGAAAUGCGAUUCGAACCCCAAGUGGGAAUAACUGUUCGAGGAAUUUUAACUGCACUGGGCACUGAAUCGGAACGAAUUACAUUCACAACAUCGGCAGAUGUGAGUGCUGAGAAAACAAAAGAUUUGCCGCUAAUAAGACUGGUGGAUGGACCAAGUAUCCUAGAAGGAAGGGUACAACUUUUUCACAAUGGAAAAUGGAGAAGCGUAUGCACCAAUUCCAGAAACUGGACUCUUUCGGAUAUAACAACAGCUUGCAGACAACUGGGGUUUCUUGGGGGUUCGUUUUCUAAUUGGUGCGAUCGAGAAAUGCCACCGAUUCCUCGUCUCCUUUACGAAGAACCGAACUGUAUAGGGAACGAAAAUUCCCUCUUCGAAUGUAAUUGGUCAUCGCGUCAGCUAGGUUCAGGGGUAUGCGAUUACCACCCGGAUAUAGCUAUCCGGUGCCUUCCCCGACACGAGACUCCUCUGCCAUACUGGCGAGGAAUACGUUUUGAAUUCGCUCAACAUGAAAAGGUUCUUACGCUUGACAAUACCCUUUACUUACCUACGUCUCUUUCGAGACUUAGUUACGUAAUAAUCAGCCAUGCAGGAACUGGAAGAGACCAAAACGCUACCAGUGCCUUAAAUGUAGAAGGAGUUCCGCCUGUGAUGAAUAACUUAGAAAUAUUUCAUUCGGCCUACAACGGAGUAAACGUUACAACCUCCGAUGGACCACUGAGAAUAAACAACUGCAUUUUAAGAAACAAUCGGGGAUAUGGAAUUUUCAUAAACUCCAGUUAUGGCAUGGCGCACAUAGAUGGUUGUGUUGUUACAGAAAGUGGAAGCGAUGGUAUACGGUAUGUUCACGGAGAGGAACGACCAAACGAUCGUCAAGAUAAAUCAGACAUUUCCGAUUUUUGUACUCUGGCAAUAACAUCUGGCCAAACGUAUCCUAUACACAUGUUCGUCGAUCAAUCGAUUUUUCUUUCGACUGAAAAAUUUUGUUCAAAGGUUUUUACAACUCGGUAUGGACACAGACUGACAUUAAAUUUUAUUCGAGCCGAGACCAAUCGAAAUAAUUCCGCUGGUAUACAAGUGUUUGACGGUUCUUCGCCCAAUAGUCGUUUACUUACGUCGUUUCUAAUACGAAAUAACACACGACCGCAAUCUGUUACGUCCACAAGGCACCAAAUCUUCAUUGCAUUCAAAGCCGAACCCCGUACCAGCAUGUUCAUGUACAUGACCGUUUCGUCAGGAUUGACCAAGACUUACGAACUCAACGUCAGCAGAUGCGACAUAUCAGACAAUAACGGGCGCGGAAUUUCAUUCGAUAACCUUCGAUCCCAAGUGCAUAUUCAUAAGAGUUCCAUUUCGAAAAACAACCACGUUGCUGGGUUCCAUGUGACCAGUGGCAAUGGAGAUGUAAACGUUACCGAGAGUAGAAUUUCUUUUAACGAAGGAGACGGAAUAAAUAUCACGUACACGGGUGGUAACAGGAACAUUUCCAGGACUUCUCUCACGUCAAACGAAAGAUAUGGCCUAGCAAUUUGGCUCAAUGAUACCAAAGAAACUGAAUACAUUUACGUUAAUCAAACCACCGUUGUGGAAUACUCGGAAAUAAUAAAAAAUUUGGACAUUGGUAUUCUACACGGGAACUUCUGCGACACAGCAUACAUAAACAUUACAGGCAACAAAUUUCAGAACAGUUUGAACGACGCCUUACAAAUCAUGUCCUGUUGGAAGGAAACAACUUCUUCCACUAAAUUGCAAAUCGGUCAUAACAAUUUUCUGUCGAACGCAAAAAUAGGAAUUAAAAUAAUGCCAGCUCUUAACUUUGACGGAAUCAUAGAAUAUAACUGGUUUAAAUACGGUCUAUUUGGAGGCUUGGUUGUCAGAAAUCCCCUACUUGAAGAAUUUAACGCCCUCAAAACUUCAUUCUUAAUUGAACAAAAUUAUUUCAUCGAAAACAAUGGCGUAUUCGCUGUGAAUUUGGGACUCUCAACUUUUGCCCAAAACCAGUUUUUGUUAUUUACCAGAAACUUCGUCAGAUACAACAACAUGACAGAACCCUUUUUACCCGAGGAUGGCUCACAGUCUCUUCUCAAUCCUAGAAGUCGCGUAGCCGCCCCUAUAGUCGUAGCGUCAGAUAACGUCGACAUAUUUAGAAACAUAAUCGAUAAUCCUAGUUCUAAAUACGAAAUAGGUAGUCAGCUUGAAGAUCAAAGCAAAAUAAUAAAUUGUACUUAUAAUUGGUUAGGAUCUACAGAUGAGGCCACCAUUUUCCACAGACUUUUCGAUAGAAACCAUCGCUACAACCUUGCCAAAAUCGCCUUCAUCCCGUAUCUCAUACACAACUCUAAUCCUUUAACAUCUCGAUUCAAUCCCAACCAACUGUACGUUCCCACGUUUGCUUUUCGGGGAUCCAACAAAGUUGGCGGUGAAGUUGAAGGCGAAGAAACACUAUCCGCAGGUGAAUAUAUUGUAGAAAAGGAUAUCAAUAUCAGGCCUGGAGGAAAACUAACACUAGAGCCCGGCGUUACCUUGAAAUUCCCGCCGUCCAUCGGAAUGAUGGUUGGAGGAAAGCUUGAAGCGAGAGGUGUCGGACCAGACAGUAUCACGUUCACAUUAAAAGAAGAAAUAACAUUCACUCAAGAUAACGCUAAUGAAACACAAGGUUAUGACUCUGAAACAGAAAUGAUAGAGGUGGAAUCAAAAAUUCCGAUCAGACUGCUCGGUGGCAAGACCGCAUCUGAAGGGCGAUUGCAAAUAAAAAUUGAUAACCGAUGGGGUACCGUGUGCAAUUACGGCUGGGACAUAAUAGACGCCGCACUUGUGUGUCAUCAACUCGGUUUUGCUUUGAAUCCCGACGACUGGUUUUUGGAGCGAGUGGAAAUCCCCGACGCAGGAACUAACGAAGACGUCAUACUGACAAACGUUGAAUGCAGCAUCUUCGACACAGACAUAACAAAGUGCAAAGCAGAAAGAAAAACCGAUUUCGAAAACACUUGUACGCACGAACACGAUGUAGGCAUUAGGUGUUACGAAAGUUCUUGGGCUGGAGUAAGAUUUGGAGCACUUUCAGAAAGAACUGACAUGAUGUACAUGACAAUUGAGAAAGCUGGUCUUUUAGAUUAUGCAACUAACUCUUUCAAACCUGCUUUACAAAUAGAUUUUGCUCAUCACAAUUUCGAAAACAUUAGGGUGAUAAAUAAUUACUACGAUGGCUUUGGUGUUACUUAUUCCGAUAUAUACACAAUGGACUCGGUAAAUGCUGUGAAAUCUUCAGAAUUCUCUUUCAACAAAGGUGCUGGAAUAAGUUUCAAACAAUUAGGAUUGCGAGUUCAUGGCUGCUCAAUUCAAAAUAACCAAAUGGGCAUUCGACACAACCCAGCACUCACGGGUCUCCAACAGCGUGAAAUAGCUGGUUGGUUUUCAUCUCAAGAAUUAGAUUAUUUGUACAAUAAACCAUUCUUUAUUCCCGAAGAAAACGAUAUAAAUGUCAUAUUUCUUAGUUCCGGCCAGAAAAAGUUCCUGGUUACCAAAAGGAUAUUCGGUGAACCCGUAGUACGUUCCUACAGAAUCAGAUGCGAUCCAGGUUACGUGUUAGGAAUACAACUAAUAAAUCCAAUAGAAAAUAGAAGCAGCGAAUUGAUUAUAAUCCACGAUUCUCAAACUUACAACAAUAACUCAGAUGUGUGGCUUGUAAACCGGGAUUUAACGGUAUUUCCAGCCACAUCAAGCAGCUACGGAAUCAUUCUCGAUUACUUGAGUGGAUCAACUGCUCUUGGAGGAGUUGUGAUAGUGGUGAGUUCGAUUACAGCACCGGUUCAAAAUAUCCCAAAAAGGAUCAAAAAAGGUCCAGUACCAACAUUAACAGUAACAAACUCUAUUAUCAAAAACAAUCAGUACGGUGUCCACGUAUCUUACUAUAACAGAUACCUGGACGAACUCGGAAAUCACUUCCUUAGAAAAGCCAAUGAAACACUAAAAUUCGUUGGAUGUGAAAUUUCUCAUAACGUAAAGGGAGCAAUAUUAACCCACUCGCCGUUUUGGGAUUUACAUAAGAGCAACAUUUCAGAAAUAAUCAUUAUGAUAAACAAUUCUUUGAUAGUCGAUAAUGGCAAAGGAAUCGAACAGUUUUCCAGAGAUCUACGUUAUUCCAAUAACUUAUUUCAUUACGUAUUGCAAGACAACACUUUUGAAAGGAAUAACGACGAAGGAUUUAAAGUAUUGCUUCCUUUCGUUUGGGAUUACAACGAAAAUUUCACUCACUCAAUAUAUAUGAACAACGUGACAUGGAGAAGAAACAAAAACUUCAGAAUUGUCAUCAACGGUCAUUUUGCGAUAGUGAACAUAACUAAAAGUACCUUCAGUGAGAACCAAUGUAAAAAUACACUCUUGUCAUUCAAAGGUAUGGAAAAGAAGAUGCUGAUAGAUUACAACACGUUCGAUAACAACAACGGAAAAGUAAUUGUUGAAUUUAGUUCCAACAGUCAAUCUGAAAUACUCGGGGAAGUGCCAGCUAGAUUUGUAUACAAUGAACUAAAGAAUAAUCGCUACAUUUCUGUCCUUACUCGGGGUGGGCAACCCGGAUUUUUCGCAAACCCAACCACAGUAAUUGGUUUCAGAGGUAUACAAAAAGUAAAAGUAAAUAGAAAUCUAUUAUGGGAUAAUGCACUGGAUUAUCAACUAAUAGCGGGGAUUAAAACGGCAAAGAUCAAUAAUUUCCUAGACAUCACAGAAAAUUGGUGGGGCACAAAUGAAGAAAGACAAAUAGAGGCAAGAAUCUUUGAUUUCGACGAUUGGAACGAUCAUGCCGUUGCGGUAUUUAAACCGUACCUUUUAGAGAACUCAUUCGUAGGAAGUGUAUCAGUAUCUUUCGAAACCAAAAAACCAAUCGAUUUGGAUAAUUUGGGAGGACGUUUGACAGAAGAUCUCGUCAUCGAAGCAAGAAACACCCCCUAUCGUAUUUCCUCCGAUAUCACUGUGAUGCCAGGGACUACACUUUCAAUUCAACCAGGUGUAGUAAUGGAAUUUGCACCUAAUGUUGGGAUUUUAGUACUUGGAACAUUGAAGGCAAUCGGUUUUAAAGGCUAUGAAAUUAUCAUGAGACCGAUUCCGAAACUUCAUCAUCCUGAGAUAAGCCUCGUCCUCCGGAAAAGAGAAGCUCCUCAUUAUCUUCCACAAAUAAAAAAACAGAAUCGACGAGAACUUGAAAACUUGUACGCAGGAGAAAGUAUUCGAUUAUGUAAAGACAAAAGCUGUUCAGAUAAAGACCAAACAAUCACAAACGAAGGAUUCCUAGAAUAUCUUAAUAAAACAACACUCCAAUGGAUCCCAAUGUGCGAUCCUCGUUUUACCGAAAGGAAUGCACAGGUGGUUUGCAGGGAAUUAGGAUAUGAUUCCAUUAAUGUCUUUUUCGAUUACGACAUAAGAAUAGAGUACCACAGUAACUCGUUGACGAGGAUUUGGUCUUGGCCUGAACCCCUUCAAUGUACUGGCAGAGAAGACCGUUAUGAAGACUGUCCUAUAAGAUUGAAUGGUCAACAAUACGGACAUAGGCACUCCUGCAAAUGGAACUCCAAGUUCAUAUUUAUUCACUGCGGAAAGAGAAAUCUCCGCAUAGACCAGGAAUACUGGGGAGGAAUACGAUUUGCCAGUCCAGAAUUCGAACAGCAUUUCUACGAACAUCGAAUUCAUGAUGUAAAAACUCACAAUACUUUUAAAACGGAAGAGUCUGUUUUAGAACUUAUUAAUAUCGUUGGAGCGGGAAUAUUACACAAUGAAAAAUCACCUGCUAUUCAGGCCAUCACCAGAAGUCCUAGAAUAAAUUUCGUAAACAUCACAAGGACAGCUUCUCACGGUAUUAACUUGAUAUCGCCGACAAAAACGAUAGUUCUUUUGGAAAAUAAUAUUCAAAACACCCUUGGAGUAGGCAUAAACAUCUUAUCACUAACGGGAGAAGGUCGUGAAUCUGCAGAGUCCAGUUUCACUCCACUGAAAGACCUCAACAUCCCUUACAAUCUCUUCGGUUUAAUCGAUAUAUGCGACACGAUUAAAGAAAUACAAAUCGAAGAGAGGGUUGUUUUGUACUACAAAUAUGAUAAUCAUCCUGUUAGCUGUAUUAAAAUAUUCAGGAGCGCUUACAACGUAAAGCCAUUUGGAUUUAGGCUUCUACAAUUCAACUUGUUCAAUGCAACAGAAAGCUAUGGUAUUCCCGACUUUAUUGACCUCUACGAUGGCGAUAUUUAUAAUGUAACGUCGACGUUAAUAGCACGGAUUUCGAUGGACGGGUCACAAGAAAAAACUUUCUUUACCACUAAAAAUCCUAGUUUGAGUAUUAAACUAUUCGCAAAAGGGGCGUCUUCCAAUUUUGGAUUCAUCGCAGAAAUAGUUACACUUCCCAUUUCAGCAAUUGGCUUUAAUAGAGACGUUCAACACAACAUUUCCACAUCUUCAAUAAUUAAUAAUCGUGAAGGUGGAAUUCUGUAUAUGACAGCGGGAGAAGUCAAUCCAAUAGUGACGAUUGAGAAGAGUCAGUUUAUUGAAAAUUGUGAAAAACUCUACGGAAAUUUUACCACGUGCAAGGGUGCCGUUAAUAUUGACGUCCAAAACACUCAAACGCUGUACUUCCGGAAUAAUUUAGUUCAAAGUAAUCAGGGUGGACUACUGAUUAAAGCAGACUCUAGAGGUUCAGCAACCUCUCUCAAAGGCUACAUAUAUAACAAUCUCUUCGUGAACAACAGCAAUUUACCAGCCCUUUACGUCGAAGGGCGUAAAUCAUCCCCGUACCAAGAAGUAACCGUUUACAGAAAUUACUUCACCAGGAACGUUGCAAAUUACGAAAAUAACAUAGUUUUAAAACAAGUCGUUUCUAACUUUACUUUCAAUUACAUAAAGAGAAACAUAGGAUUGCAAAACUUGGAAGUUUCUGGCUUCGACAGGGUUCGAUUACCAAUUUAUCAAACCACGUCCCAUAAUGGUUUUUAUCAUAAUUACGCAAUGCAUAGGGAUAGUAGAUCAACCGUUAUUGCAGGCACUGCGGGGCAACACUACGUUGAUAACAUAUUUUUCAAUCCUGAUAAUGAUUACGAAAUGAUAACGGUGAACAGAUCUUUAUUUAACUUUAGCAGUACACUGGAAAUAUGGAAAACGAGGAUUGACGCCGAAUAUAAUUAUUGGGGAUAUAACACUACGUUAGCUGUAUCGGGGCGCAUUCGGGACCAAAGGGAUGACCCAACAUUGUUAGAAGUGUCGUACGAGCCAUUUUACAUGAACAACGAAACCAUUUUGGACGGAAAAUGCCCUCCUGGUUGGGACCUUGUUGGAGAUACUUGUUAUAUUUACAUAGGAGCGCCAAUGUCCUUUUACGAAGCUAGAAGGUUUUGUCAAGAAGACAAUGCUUCAAUGCCAUUCCUUAUAGGAAACGUCAAUUAUCUCCAAUUAUUUAACUUUUUGAGGCAUCAACAGCAAUGGUAUCUUUACUCUGAUAGGGUUUGGGUACAACACAUAGACAUGGUAAACCAGUGUACCAUGUUCUCAUAUCAAACUGUCGAAGUCACCGAUUGUACAAGAAGACAACCGUUUAUUUGCGAAAUUGAUCCAAAAGUGUUUAUUGAUCCCUUGACUUGGUAUGGCGAUGCUAUUACGAUUGCGGUAAUCGGUACGUCAGCUAUAGGAUUAUUGCUUAUCGUUCUUAUCGCCGUUUGCUGGUGGAGUAAGUCAAAAUACAGACAAGCUCAGAGGUUAGAACGAAGAAACAGCAUCCGUCAAAGUCUUCAUUCUGUACGAUCUUUGGGUUCAAUUCAUGGAGCAUACGCAGAUAGUAGUUUCAAAAGGAAAGGCACACAAAUGAGUUCAAGAUCCACCGAUACCUUGACAAAAACUUCCGACUACAAAAAAGUGACGAGCAACGGUUCGAUAGACAGUAUGGAAAAAUCUACUUACAGUUCUUCAAUAGACGAUUCCCAAUCUUACGAUAUUUACGAAACUCAUAAUCCAAAUCCGUCUGGCUUUGCGUACAAUCCCACAAUCGAUUACCAAAAAGUCCAGCCCAAAUUUGCAACGCAGUAUUCUACAGAUUCGUUUAACGGAUUGGCAUUUAGAAACGAAGGAUUUAGAGAUAACUCCACGUUUGCAAGCGCAAAUCAAUCUCGAGCAGAAAGUUCGAUCAAUGAAGAAACUCCAAUAAUACAUUCUGAAAACAGCGCUCCUUCUUUAUCCUAUCCACCAAACGACUAUUACAAUACCGACACCCUACCCCUGGCAAGUGACCACGGUGUUUCAACAUCCACCUUAGAUUUAAAGAGAGGAAUUGAAGAAACUAACAGAAAUAACGGUUAUUAUAGAGAAAUUCAACGUAUGCCAGAAGAAACAAAACCUCCGAUAGUCCAAAGGAACGGUUAUCAACAAAAACCAAAAAAGUACGCCCUCGUAGAUUUGCCAGCCCCACCAGAUCCCCCAGCUAUACUGCCAAAACCUAAAAAAUCUUCCCCGACUUAUGCCCAAAAACUGGAGAACUUGCAGUUUUCUCCAGAUUAUAAUACGGUCGCUUUGGAGAAUUCAGAAGCAUUCGUUUCUGAAAGGCCCAAGUCGGCCAAUAUUUUAGAGACUGAUUUUGACCAGCCGCAAGUUGGUCAGCAUGUACAUAUUCCUAAGGCAAAGAGCGAGGCCUCAUUAGAAACUAAUUUCGAUUAUUUUGAACCAGAAGAAACGAUCUCACGUCAAACGUCUCCUCACCUAAGCAGGAGCCGGAGCCAGCCNGUAAAUAUAUUCAGUUUAAAAAUUAAGUAA